CCUCCUGGUGAAGUUUGUUUCGUUACGCGGGAAAUUCGCUUGUUUGUUAAUAAAAUACUUGUAUUUUAAUGCGAAAUUAUCUUUGUAAUAAAUGACAGCUAUAAUCCAUGUAAUUUUAGCUGUAAUCUAACAUGGCAGUUUGCGUGCUAACAGGCUAACUCCAUGUAUCCGUACGUGUGGUAACGUGUUAUUAGCGUUCUGUUCGUUUGGCUCAAUCCCAAAUGGUUUCCUAUUUUCUACGUAGGGACACUUGGGAGUCUAUAUGUAUAUCCUGCUGCAGUAGUGACUAGCGCGCGACAAGUAGUGAACUAGAUUAGACUAUCCGAUUGGGACACAGUUUUCAGGUCAGACAGUAUUUCUCGACAUGUCGGUGUAAAGAGAGGAACUUUGUGUGCGUUUUUUCGAGCAGAAAAUGGCUACCUGUUUGCCUGCUGUUGCUGAGCAGCUCCUCAAAGACCUUCACAAGACUUAUUUAGAGAAAUCCCAAAUUCCAGAUGAGCUCCUAAUAGCGUUGAGGUUUAUAUUUGGCUCCUGCACCCUGCAGGCUUUGGACCUGGUGGAUCAGCGUGCUGUAACGCGCGUAUCCUCGCCCAGUGGUCGAGUCGUGUUCCAGGUAUUGGGCGGAUCAGGACGUGUGUACACUUGCUACACAUCGUGUCAUUAUUGCCCCUGUCCAGCCUUCUCUUUCUCGGUGCUCAGGAGAAAUGAAAGUCUGGUGUGUAAGCACAUCUUGGCAGUUUACUUGUGCCAGGCCAUGGGCUUGUGCCAGCAGGAGCAGGUCUCGGAUCAGCACAUGACCCUCAUCCUGUCCGGAAGAACCGAGCUGGAUCCAUGAAGCAGCAUUCUGGAAGACAAUCCUGGUGAAGAGAAUGAUCUAAACCUUUUGGCCAAAAAGGUAAAUAAAUGGAGCACUGGAAUUACAGGUCACAUGAUGGGGAAGAAGGAAAGACCCCCCCACUGGGUAUGACUCUGAAGCCAAUAGGAACCCAGGACUAUAUACAUCCUGACCUGAUUGGUUUCCUGUCUCAUAAACACACCCCUGAAGCCAAGAGGAGUUAUUUUGAGAUGUUUGAUUCUGGAGUGAAAAUAGUAAAUUACUGCAUGAAUCCUAUAAACGUUUCUUUAAUUAAUAAAAAAAAAAAAAAGUUUAAAUUGUGUAUGUACAUACUGCACACUUGAGCUGGUGAUUUUAGUGGUACUGGGUGUGUUUGAAUGUAGACGUCACUCAUUAAAAUGUAAAAAAAUAAAUAAAUAAAGUAAAAGAUUAAUUGUG